ACUCAGGCAUCUCCAAGAUGAAGCUGACACCGAGAGCUAAAGAAGAUAUUCAAGUAGUGCUGCAAGCGUAGAGUGUAUGUUUACAUGCACGUCCACUGGGAUAGGAGCUUUAUUUUGUUUGUUUACUUUGUCUAUCCAGUACUUUGACACUGAAUCGAGUUUCACUGCGGAUUUGAAAGCCACUUCAAAACUGCAACUUCAAGUUUCUGAUGAAGCUUCCAGCUCGCAGUGAUCACUAAUGGAGUUUUUUCAUGGUGGAUAUGGACAAUGGAGCACAUAGGCGUAUGUAAGUAGUUGUUUUCCAGUGUUUUCCAGCUUUCCGAACCACGUUUUGGGGGUCAGUUUUGGGUGCUUCUGCUUCAAGUAUGCGUCCAUGAAUAGCAUUGCUAGUUUACUGAUGGACCAGUAGGACGGUGUUGGCGCUUUGACUCACUAGAAAAGUUCUACACGGCUUCCUGUCCAUGGGAGUGCAGUGAGAACCUCAACACGACCAGACCAACCAAAAAAUAACCAAGAAAAUCAGAACUUUACAGUGGUUCUUCAGUUUUAAAUCAGUCGCGAUGAGUUUAGUUGGAGGCUUUCCCCACCACCCUGUUAUGCACCAUGACGGCUACUCCUUCGCCCCGGCCACCCGCUGUCACGAGGAGAGCCCUUAUUUUCACGGUUGGCUCAUCGGUCACCCGGAGAUGUCCCCCCCGGACUACGCCGUGGCUCCCUCGUACAGCCCCGAGUACGCGGCCGGCCCACCGGGGCUCGAACAUUACGGCGGCGGGGUUCCCGGGACGGCGCCGCGGCCGGGCAAACCCCGGAGGCCCACGGCCAACCGCAAGGAGAGGCGCAGGACUCAGAGCAUCAACAGCGCCUUCGCCGAGCUCAGGGAGUGCAUCCCCAACGUGCCUGCAGACACCAAGCUGUCCAAAAUUAAGACGCUGCGACUGGCUACCAGCUACAUCGCCUACCUCACUGACAUCCUAGACAGGGACGAACAGCACGGCGAGGCCGAGGCCUUCAAGGCGGAAUUCAAGAAGGCUGAAGCCAAAGAGGAGAGGAGGAAGAAAGAAAUGAAUGAAGUUUUGAAAAGUUCAGGGAGCAGCAGUGAAAAGAAGCCCAAAGGAAGAACUGGUUGGCCUCAACACGUCUGGGCUUUGGAACUGAAACAAUGAGAACACAAGUCCGCAAAAAACCCAGAAACCCUUUACGAAAAGACCUUGAAAUGCAGGCCUUCCUGUCCCUCUGAUUUUUUACACUAUAACUUUAUUUAAUGGAAUAUUUAUGUGCAAUUUCCCGCUCCGGACAGUGGAUCCCUGAAGAGAAAAAAACAUUGCAGAGCUUUAAGAGGAGGAUGCCCUCUUGGUAAGGGACUCUGUUGUUGUUGUUAUCGUUGUUACUGUUGUUGUCUAGUAUGUGCUGAAUGUUUUAUUUUAUUAUUUUUUUUUAUUUUGUCCAUGUCUCACUCUGAAACAAAACCGAGAUGUGUGCCACUAAGGUGUACGUGAAGUGUAGGUCUCUCUCUUACUCUCUCUCUCUCUCUCUCUCUCUCUCUCUCUCUCUCUCUCUCUCUCUCUCUCUGAGUCGAAUUAAACACUAAGGGGAUCGAAUCUAUGAUACAGUUAAAAUAAUAACGUUUUAUUUGAAACAAAAAAAAAUGUCAUGAAGUGUUAAAUAUAUUGUGAUGUUUGUGGUCGUGUAGAUCCAAGUGCACUUCCGUCCAGACACGAGAACCUUAAAUAACAUUGGAGAUGUAAACAAUGUAAUUAAUUCAAUAAACCACUGUGUUUUAACGAG